GUGCUUCUCAGUGUGGGUCCCUCCCUGCCAGUCCCGCAGGGGAGCAGAGUAAGGUCUGGGAACUUGGGUCGAGGAGCAUGAGCAAAGCACAGGAGCAGGACUUUAAUUAGCUCACCCCCUAACGAAGCUCCUCCCCAGAGUGGACAUAACCAAAGCCUCACACAAAGGUGCCAGGGCUGAACCUUUUCAUUUAAGCCCCGACAACGUGAGGACGAGGGAGCUGCAGGACAAGAGUGAGGACCAUGUUAUGAUGCUGGGGCUGAACGUGGACCUGGAGCACAACCAUGACCAACAGCUCGACCUGCACCGAAACAGACCUCAAGUCCUACUAUGCCAUUACCUACACUUUGAUCCUGAUCCCUGGACUAAUAGGAAACACCUUAGCUCUGUGGGUCUUCUACGGGUACAUGAAGGAGACUAAGAGGGCUGUCAUAUUUAUGAUCAAUUUAGCCAUUGCCGACUUAUGGCAGGUGCUGUCCUUGCCCCUGAGGAUCUUCUACUACUUGACAGGGACGUGGGAGUUUGGGAGAGGUCUCUGCAUGCUUUGCUUCUACCUGAAGUACGUCAACAUGUACGCAAGCAUCUACUUCUUGGUUUGCAUCAGCGUCCGGCGGUACCUGUUCCUCAUGCACCCCUUCAAGUUCAGCGACUGCAAACGCGUCUGUGACGUCUACAUCAGCAUCGUGGGGUGGGUGGUGGUCUGCCUUGGCUGCUUGCCUUUCCCCCUCCUCAGGCUCCAGAAGGGUGCCAACAACACCUGCUUCGUGGAUCUCCCUGUAAGGGAAGUUGACCUGCCCAUCUCCAUCGCCAUGGUGACGCUGGGUGAGUUGGCGGGGUUCGUCACACCCCUCCUCAUCAUCCUCUACUGCUCCUGGAAGACCAUCUUGUCCCUCAAAGAGAACAAUUCUGCUUCACACGACCUGGGAGAGAAAAAAAAGGCCUUAAAGAUGAUUCUCACCUGCGCCCUGGUAUUUCUGAUUUGCUUUGCACCUUAUCAUAUCAGCUUCCCACUGGAUUUCUUUGUCAAAACCAAAAAGAUUGAGAACGGGUGUGUCCAGAAGGUGAUCUCGGUGUUUCACGCCGUGGCUUUGUGCCUUGCCAGCCUGAACUCCUGUGUGGACCCAGUCAUCUACUACUUUACCACGGAUGAGUUCAGGAGACGCCUUUCCAGGCAGGAUUUGCAGGACAGCAUUCAGCUCCACAGCCUCAGCUACAUGAGGAAGCACUCCAGGGACGUGCUCAGGGAGGACACCAUGGACUACUAG